CUUAAGAGAAGGGUAUUAACGAUACAAAUACUUCAUUUUGUGCCUGUAUUUGCAUUUAUGGAUAUGCGACAUAUCCGCCAUAUGGGGAGUGUGUAGGGGUAUGGGUGUCUGUUUCAAAUGAGGAAGUGAGAAUGAAAGACCGCACUUGUGAAAGAUGAAGCUCCCAAAGGGAAAAAAAAAAAACAAUCGGCAAUAAUGUUUGACUAGUUUAGAUGCAAAAGGAACAGGACAGGUCACGAUGCAGAGCUACCAGGCUUGGUGUCAUGGUAAUAUCACUCGGUCCAAGACGGAGGAUCUGCUCUCUAAGGCGGCCAAAGAUGGAAGCUUCCUCAUUCGGGACAGCGAGUCAAUACAAGGGGCAUUUGCCCUGUGUGUUUUAUUCCAGAACCAGGUUUACACAUACAGAAUUCUACCCAAUGAAGACAAGAAGCUGUCAGUCCAGGCAUCAGAAGGAGUUCCCAUCAGGUUCUUUUCCAUGCUUCCAGAGCUGGUGGAGGCCUAUCACAACCCGAACAUGGGCCUCGUCACCCAUUUGCAGUAUGCCGUCCAAAGGGAGGAGGAGCUCGACGAGGAACCGGAAGCCAACAAUCCUCCGCCACAGCUUCCACCCAGAAACUUUACGGCUUACGAGCUAAAGGACAACGAGCAAGCCGGCAAAUGCCUGUCAGACACCUUCCUGAUGAGACUGCAGCACACGGACAUGACCACCAUCCCGGAGGAGCAGCAAACCCUCAUUUUCGACUACUUUAGGACCUCCAUCUCUCUGGAUGCUGAACAUGUCCAAAAUGGUAACACUAGUCUUCCUGGUCUCAAGAAGCUAACGGCGGCCAUCUGUAAGAAUCUGAACAGUGAAAUCUCCCGCAUCCUACCAGCCCUGGAGAUUUGCCGCCGAGCGUUGGACCAGCAGCUCUCACCAGGCAUUGGAACGCUUCCAAAACAAAUUCCACCAGAUCCAGGCCAAUCUGUCUCCACGAGACUGGAGCAACUGACCAAACUGCUCUACUCCAUCGAGGAUAACGCUAUAAAUGCUGUGUUCAACUCUGUGGGCUAUGAAGGACGCCACAGAAAGUCUCUUAUACCGCCUGUUGUCUUUGAGGUCAAGCAGGAAUCUUUGGGAAUCCCCAUCAAAAUGUUCAUUAAAGUAGAUGUGGAAGGCGGGAAGCUUAGCAUCAAGAAAGCCAAGGACGGGCCUGACGACAAGUACUUUGUGCAUAAUAAAAUCAGACAGCUGGUGAAGUCGCAAAAGAUGCACGCCAAACUGGUCAUCGUGGUGGAGACGGAGAAAGAGAAGAUUUUACGAAAGGAGUUUACCUUUGACGACACCAAGAAAAGAGAAGGUUUCUGUCAGCUUCUUCAACAAAUGAAGAACAAACAUUCAGAAAAACCAGAACCGGAUAUGAUCACCGUCUUUGUCGGCACUUGGAAUAUGGGAAACGCGGGUCCACCCCACAACAUCAAUUCCUGGUUUCAGUGUAAAGGCCAAGGGAAAACCCGAGAUGACACGGCUGACCACAUCCCGCACGACAUUUACGUCAUCGGGACGCAGGAGGACCCUCUUGGCGAAAGGGAGUGGGCCGACACGGUGAAAGGAGUCUUGAGGGAUCUCACAAAUAUCAACUUCAAACAGGUAGCCAUCCAAACACUGUGGAACAUUCGGAUUAUGGUCCUGGCCAAGCCGGAGCACGAAAACAGGAUCUCGCAUGUUUUUUCCGACAGUGUCAAGACAGGGAUUGCCAACACUUUGGGAAACAAAGGAGCCGUCGGAGUGUCCUUCAUGUUCAACGGCACAUCCUUCGGGUUUGUCAACAGUCACCUGACGUCAGGAAGCGAGAAAAAGCUCAGGCGUAACCAAAACUACUUAAACAUUUUGCGAUUCCUCAAUCUGGGAGAUAAGAAGCUCAAUUCGUUUGACAUUACCCAUCAGUUCACGCACCUCUUCUGGCUCGGCGAUCUCAACUAUCGGGUGGACUUCUCCAAUCUGGAAGCCGAGUUUGUGGUAUCCAAGAUCAAGCAGCAGCAUUACCAGGAACUGCUGUGCCGAGACCAGCUCAACAUGGAGAUCAACGACGACAAAAUCUUCCUGCACUUUGCCGAGGAGGAGAUCACUUUUGCUCCCACGUAUCGCUUUGUGCGCUACACGCGUGACAAGUAUGCCUACACAAAGGCCAAAACCACGGGGACGAAAUAUAAUUUGCCGUCAUGGUGCGAUCGUGUCCUGUGGAAGUCGUACCCUCUGGUCCAUGUGGUCUGUCAAUCCUACGGCUGCACAAACGACAUCAUGACCAGCGACCACUCACCGGUAUUCGCCUCAUUUGAAGUGGGCGUGGCUUCGCAGUUUGUCUCCAAGCGAGAUCCAAACAGUGCCCCCCAAGGUGCGAUCCAGAUUAUGAACUGCAAGGCCACCCUGCUGACCAAGUCCAAGACCAAGUUCUUUAUCGAAUACCACUCCAGCUGCUUGGAGAAAAGCGUCAGGACCUGCGAAGGCGAGAACACAGAGCAUUCGGACGGCUCCAUCAAAGUGUGGUUCGGGAACCAAGUCGAGCUGACGCCAAUCAUCUCGGACGCCGAGUACCUGCUUGACCAGCACAUCCUCAUCUGUGUGAAGUCUACAGACUCGGACGAGUCAUAUGGUGAGGGUUGCGUGGCCCUACGAGCCGCCCAGUUCUGCUACACGGAGUUCCAAGUGGCGCUCACACACCACGGCGAGAAAUCCGGCAUUUUGACCGGCGGUAUUCAGCUACACACCUUUGAAGGCAAACCCACGGAGAAGUUAUACGACUUCGUCAAAGUGGAGAGAGACGACUCGAAAGGCAAAAGCGGCGACAGGACUCCGGUUAGCCAUGACAUAUCCAACCCGAGCUACAUGGAAGUGUCCUACAGGAGCGUGAUCGACAAAGGUUGGAGUUACAGCAUGCCGCCCAGGAGCCUGCCCAUCGGUGGGCAAGCCACGAUGGACUCCAAGAAAAGUCCCACCGGAAAACCUUUAAAGCCGGCUGGCGUGGAGGCCUCCGAAAUGUUCGACAAUCCACUUUACGCCUCCAUGAGAACAUCACAAAGUCAGUGCAAGGACCAGGAUGCCACGCAGAAGAACCAGCUCAUGCAGCCGGAUCCUGUUUUCGGAUCUAAGUCAUCGGACGGAGACCCCGAACGGCGCCCGGUGCCCACACCUCGCAAUCGUUCCUCCACCUGCUCCGAGUCGAAAUCUCUCCUUCCAGCUGCUGUCGCGCAGCACAAGAAGCCAGUGGUUCCGUCACGCUCGCAGGGCUGCGGGGUCAUCAGCCGACCUCCCCUGCCCACCAAAGCUCGCCCGGUUCCCCCGGAUCCACAGGCUCCAAAGCCCAGAGACUAUAGGAAUUGCUCUGAACUCCCAGGCAAGCACAGACCACCUGCGAGACCCGGCCAGACGCCGCUCCAAUAAGACCCGCAUCCCAAUGUUCCCAAGAUGGGCCAUUCCGUGAAGUGAGAGCUGGUUGCUGCUUGGGACACCGCUUUCCCGCCUCACAACUCAUAACUAUUCCAUCAUAGUGUCCAUUGUGUCUUUCUGUUCUCUUUUCUGCUGAGCUGGAUGCUAAUAAUUUUAUAUACACGCAUACACACACUCACACACACACACACACACACACACACAACAUUGGAUGCUAACAGUAGCAUCUUGCACAUAUUGUACGUUUGAUGCCACUGAGAUUUAUGAUCAUUGUUCCAAUAAACGUAACUGCAACAGCAA